AUGCGCGUGGCGGUGUCGGGCUGCUGCCACGGGGAGCUGUCGAAGCUGUACGAGACGCUGGCGCUGGCGGAGCGUCGGGGCCCCCAGCGGGCCCCCGGCCCCGGCCCCGGCCCCGCCCCCCUCGACCUGCUGCUCUGCUGCGGGGACUUCCAGGCCGUCAGGAACGAGGCCGACCUGCGCUGCAUGGCCGUGCCCGCCAAGUACCGCCACAUGCAGACCUUCUACAGGUAUUAUUCCGGAGAGAAGAAGGCCCCCGUCCUUACCAUCUUUAUUGGGGGAAAUCACGAAGCUUCGAAUCACCUGCAGGAGCUGCCGUAUGGAGGUUGGGUGGCACCAAACAUAUAUUACCUAGGUUACGCCGGGGUGGUUAAAUACCGUGGCGUGCGGAUCGGAGGGUUGUCUGGAAUCUUCAAAUCUCACGACUACCGGAAAGGUCAUUUUGAAAGUCCACCGUAUGAUCAGAAUUCCGUAAGAAGUGCUUAUCACGUGAGAAAUAUUGAAGUCUUCAAACUAAAACAGCUGAAACAGCCAGUGGAUAUAUUCCUGUCGCACGACUGGCCAAGAAGCAUAUAUCACUACGGCAACAAGAAGCAACUCCUGAAAGCCAAAUCCUUCUUUCGUCAAGAAGUGGAAAGCAACACCCUCGGAAGCCCCGCUGCUUCAGAACUUCUCCAGUACCUGAAGCCUACAUACUGGUUCUCUGCUCACCUUCAUGUGAAAUUUGCAGCUUUAAUGCAACAUCAGGCCAGUGAUGGACAGCUACCAAAAGCGACCAAAUUUUUGGCUUUGGACAAAUGCCUUCCGCACAGAGACUUUCUACAGAUCCUAGACAUCGAGCACGAUUCCAACGCCCCCGACUACCUCGAGUAUGAUGUGGAAUGGCUUGCCAUUCUCAAAGCGACCAACAAUCUUAUCAAUGUAACCCAGGGCUCGUGGAAUAUGCCGGAAAACAACGGCCUCCAUACCAAGUGGGAUUACAGCGCCACAGAGGAAGCCAUGAACGAAAUCCUGGAAGAAAUGAACCAUAACCUCAAAGUGCCGGAAAACUUCAGCAUGACCGUCCCCUGCUACGACCCCAGCAGACCGCAGAGCAACAGGGAGCUGGUGCACAGAAUCAACCCGCAGACCACCGAAUUCUGCGCCCAGUUCGGCCUCGUCGACAUCAACAGCAGGAUUCAGCAAGCGAAAGGGGCCGGUUCGGUAGCUGGAGAAGACGAGGAGGAGGACGGCGAUAGCUCUGGGUCGCCUGAGGAACCCAGCGACUACAAUACGGACACUUCUGGACUCUCUACGUCCGUUAACCCUGAUGAAAUCAUGCUGGAAGAGGAGGAGGAGGAGGAGGAUGGCGACGACGACGACCGCGUCAGCCCGCGGGGCGAGCCGUCACCCGACCACCCUCCCGAUUUUUCGGCCAGCUUUUCGGACAUCAGGAUCCUGCCCGAUUCCAUGGCGGUAUCUUCCGAUGAUACAAUGGACUCUACCGGUGACGAUCUGGAGAAAUCCACUGAGGCCAAGCAGUCAGAAGGGGACAAACGCUUGAAUGAGAAGUCCUUAAAGAGGCUGAGCGGCGAAAGCGAGGUGGGAAACAGCGCUCUGAAGAAAAUUAAGAGGCGAAACCAGGCCAUCUAUGCCGCAGAGGAAGAAGACGAUGCCGAAUGAAGACGUGCCGAUGACCGUGGGGGUUCAUUAUUAUGAUUUUUUUAAACCUGGAGUGAUUUGCAGCCUCUGCAGAGAUGUUUUACUUUGCUUUGUGGUGACCAGAUACCACAUUUUAAAUGGUUUGAUUUUGGAACCCGGGCCUGGUGUAAGUAUGGGCAGCGGGUUCGCCACGGGCCGUUUUAAAUGAGCCUACCCUGUUUGAUUUGUAGAGUUUCUAAUUUUGUAAAAUGUUCAGCUCUUCGACUGUGUAGCGUAGCAGGAUUUCGUUUACUCGGCAGAUUGAUUGCUCCUUCUAGACAAAUGACGCCAGCUCUGGAAGAGGUUGGGACGUUUAUACCAAAGCUCUGAUCACUGGACUAAUUCCUGGACAAUAUUAGAAUCACGGAGAAAUAAUUCCCUCAUUUAACUCCAAGAGUUGGGACUUUAUCAGCGCUUCCGCUGAUGCCUUUUCAAAUUCGAAAUUCACUUUAGUGUAGCAGGUAACUGAUACGGUCAUUUUUCUCCUGCGGAGUUAAUGUGCGUUAGUUCUAAGAUCAAAGGGACUGUUAGUCGAGAGCAGAGUUUGCAGACCCCGUUCAAUCAGUGGUAUCUAUUGAGCGCUUAAUGUGUGGAGAGCACUGUACUGAGCGCUUGGGAGGAGACAAUAGAAUAAGCAGACCCAUUCCCUGCCCUUAAGGAGCUUUCAACCUAGCAGGGGCGACAGACGUGAAAAUAAAUUGCAGGUCAAGGAGAGGCAACUGAGUGUAGAGCUGUGCACGUAACCGCUUUCGUUAUCAUCCUCGAUGGUAUUUACUGAGCGCUUCCUCUGUGCCGAGCCCCGCUUGGGAGAAUCCAGUACAGCGGAGUUGGCAGACGUGUUCCCUGCCCACAGGGAGCCUACAGGCUUUGGGAAUUUCUUGUAACAUUUUGGUUUCUCGCCAAAUCCCAUGCUAAGGAAGACUGGUGCCCACAUUCCCCCAUUCUGGCACCUUGCGAGCGUUGGGUUUACGGGCCUGUCCCGCCGUGUGCUUUCACGUCCUCUCCGACCCACAGCUGAUAGCGUAUCCGUUGAGUUUUCCCGGCCCAAACGGGCAAGUGGUUUGUCCUUGCCUUCUUCCGCGCGGUCGCCGCGGGAGCCUCCGUCCUCGACUCUCCCCCACGCCGCCGCUGCCCAGCACGGGUGAGUCUGGACGUGUAGCCGACGGCCUUUCCGCUCGCUAGCCACUGGCCGAGCUAGGAAUGGAAUGGACAGGCCUCUGCCUGACUCUUCCGUAGCCGAGGCCGGUAGAGAAGCGGGAACUCUCCAGGUGCCAACCCAAGAGGGGUUGUGUGUGUGUGUGUGUGUGUGCACAGACUGUUUUUCUUGGCACCGCAGGGCACCCCGGCCCGUCGUCGGACAGACGCUCCCUCCUCGGCCCACGGCGCUCUCACCGGAACACACGCUGAAAACGAACGGUACGGCGGAGCGAGCCUACUUACGUCCCGAACGAUGCUACGGAAUGCUCAUUUCCAGAUUUUUAACUUCAGUUUUUAUCCAAACGGGCGACCACUUACCGUAAAUACAGCGGUCCGGUAGUCUAAGGUUCGUGUCGUGAAGGAAAGUUUGCUUUUUUUUUUUUAAUACAAAAAACCCCCAAUGAAUUGAACUCCCACUCAGGUCUCAUUAGAGAGAUGUCAGUUUCAUCAAUCAAUCAGUGGUUUUGAUUGAGUGCUUACUGUGUGCGGAGCACUGUACUAAGCACUUGGAAAUGUACAGUAUGACGGAGCUGGUAGACACAUUCCCUGUCCAAACCUAAAGUCGAAAGCUUGGACGCUUAAUAAGCAUUAAAGUUUGUUCAGAACCAA